GGCAACCAACCACAGUUGCGGCAAAUGUGUUAUUCAACGUGGCAACUUAAGCGCUCAAGUGUUGCGCUCAUGCAGCUCUGUUCUAGAGGUAAUAUACUGUCGGGUUUACCCAUAUGCACUGUAGUUUAGUUCUUUCACAACAGCUCACCUCGCAGUCUCUGUGCUGUAUCCAACAGCAUGUGACACCAAAGUAAGUAAGAUAGAACCUCACGAACAGAAAAGGUGAUUUAAUUGAUGAAAAACGCAUAUUCAAACAUUUGCGUCAACAUUCCCAAGCGUUUUUAUCUUCAACGUUUUGGGACCAGCCUCUAUUUGUUUUACGGACCCGUUGUAUUGAAAGGUCCUGCUUGCAAUCGAUUUUUUUCUUGACAUUAAUAACUUGGACAUUUACAGCUGUGCUCUCAAGGAGAAAGGCUGUACAGUAUACACUUUAUUCAAAGGGACUAAGCGCACAAUAAGGACUCACCGUUAUUUUUCUUGCUCUUGCGUAAAGGGAAAUUCAAGGCAACCAUGGAAGUUUGUAAAGGUCGUUUUCUUGGUAUCUCCGUCGCUGUUGCUCAUGGAUUUUUCUCGGGAUCGUUGAACAUUUUGCUAAAAUUUCUCAUCACGACUUAUAACUUCAACUACCUCACUCUCAUCCAGUGCCUCACCAGCACAUUGGCGGCGGUUACACUUGAGAUACUAAGGAGACUGGGAAAAGUAGACAUACCCCCGUUCAGCCUCCAACUAGCCAAAGUCUUCGGAAGUGUUUGUAUUCUGUCCACAUUACAGUCCACUCUGACACUAUGGUCUCUCAGAGGACUGAGUCUACCCAUGUAUGUGGUUUUCAAACGUUGUCUACCGUUGGCCACCCUGGGUAUCGGCGUGUGCAUUCUGAAGAACGGAACCCCAUCAGUGGGGGUCAUAACGGCGGUGCUCAUCACUACCGGAGGAGCAGCUUUAGCUGGGUCUGGUGACGUGACGGGUGACCCGUUUGGCUACGUGACGGGCGGCCUGGCUGUGAUCAUCCACGCCUCCUACCUGGUCCUGAUCCAGAAGACCAGCAUAGACAGUGAAUAUGGCCCCCUCACGGCCCAGUAUUCCAUCGCCAUCAUGGCCUCCCCAGUUCUCUUAAUCUGCUCCAUCGUCAGCAUGGACUCCAUCAACAUGUGGAGCUACACGGGCUGGAGUAACCCCUUCAUCUCUGGCAUCUUCUCCAUCUGCAUCAUCAUCGGCUGUGCCAUGAACUUUACCACGCUGCAGUGCACCUACAUCAACUCAGCCGUCACCACCAGCUUUGUGGGCGUGGUAAAGAGCAUCGCCACCAUCACAGUGGGCAUGGUGGCCUUCAGCGACGUGGAGCCCACCAGGCUGUUUGUGGCCGGCGUGGUGGUCAACACGGUGGGUUCGAUCACCUACUGUAUCGUCAAGUACUUUGAGACCAGGAGGAAGACCCUCUACCAGGACCUGGAGGAGCAAAGCAAGGACGAAACUCUGCCUGGACAGCCUUACAUCGAGAAGAAGCCACCCAACGGAGACCUGGAGCCCCUGCCCAAUGGUCGCAGAGGGUCUGACGGAGGAUUGAUCGAAGGAUCUAUCCCCACACAGGAGCACCUACUCAAUGAUCAGCGCCUCAGUGACUACCCACCUCAAGACACCAGCAACAGUAUGGAGUUUGUAGAACUCCAGAGAGAGGCCUUCCAUAGCGAGAACCGGGCCAGCCCGUCUGUGAGUGACAGUUACGUGGGGGUGUGGAGGUCCAUCCGUAACCUGAAGUUCUUCAAGAAAGACACCUUAAUAGAUAAUAUGGAGGUGCAGAGCCCUUGAUGGGGAAUCUCUAUUUUCAAAGGAUGCAUGUUUUGUCAGUCCUUUAUGUUUCUAUUUAUUUGUAAGACUGCUUUGACAUUGCACACUGAUGAAUGUUUUUGAGAUCCGUUUUUUUUUUUGGCAAACAUGCUCUUAUGGAAGCAAAAAAAUAUUUUUAAGAAGACGGAAUGUUCAUAUGAACUGGAUAAAAAUACUGACUAUUCUUUAAAAAGAAACAUUUGUUUUAAUGUUUUAUAUUGAUUUUAUCAGUUAUAUUAAUAACAGGUGAAUAAUUGAUAGUACAUCGUGUAAGGUUGAAAUUUAUAUGUUAUGACAUGUUAUAAAAAAAAUAUGAAUAAUUUAUUUGCACGUAAUGUUACUGCCUGUCCUGAUUCUGUAAGGUCCAUGAAUUGUGAUGUUUGGCAAGCGAAAAGCAAUAGCAACUGCCAUUUGCAUGAACAAUGCAAAUGUCAAUUUACACCAUUUUUAUGAGACUGUUCCACUGGGAAGUUGGCUUCUUCUUUAUGAUAAAACCAUUAGAGUGAAAUGCAUGGUAAUUGUUUUAGCCAUAUUGCCUUUCCAUUGAGGAAUCUUCUUGAAUUACCAACAAUAGAUAGCUGUUGUGAUAAGGUUCACUUAUUAUCAACGCUAUAUAGGCGUACUGAAAGCGUCUCCCAGGGGCAGAUUGUGAGGACAUCAUUAUGGGUAGACCACAUCGAUCCUUAAUGUCAAUAUUAGAUUGGAAAGAGAAUUACUUCUGUCUCUACAGAACACAUGGCUCAUUAGUCAAAGUAAACCACAACAAUUCCCGUAGAGAAGAUCUGAGCUGUUGAAGAAAACACAGCUAUUUCACAUCACCCCCAAGGAGGAUUCCUGUGUCGUGAUUCAAAGUAAUACUGUAUACAUAUCUGAAAGCUAAUGCAUUUUCCAGCAUGUUUUAGAAUACUUCCUUAUCUAAAUGCAUGCAGUGAGAGGAUGUUUGUGUCCUUCCAGAGUACCUGCAGUGGAGAGGAGAGGGAGAAGCGUGAGCAAUCUGUCCCCCUUACCAACCAGAAAGAGGCCUGCAGUCAGCACUUUAGCUGCAGGAAAAUCCAUCCCAAAGUGCCUUUGAAAUCCUUCAGUGGGACUCUGGAAGUACAGAUAGACCAGGGGAAAAAAAUAACCGGACUUGGAAAAUAAAAAAUAAAUAGGCGAUUCUGAUUGAGAAAGGGGAGUUUUUUCCACAUCCUCUCAUUUUGGGGGGAAAUAGAGAUGAAUUCAGACAAAUGUACAGGAAAGGAAACAACAUGCACACAUCGGAGUGGUUUUUGAAUUAAACAAUAUUCAACAUUGGAUCGUCUGCUGCACUCCAGUAUUGUCUACUUUCAAUUAUGUUAUCUAGGUGUUUCUCUAUGUAGACCACUGAUUGUGGAAUCAAUCACAGAGUGAUAGUUAAACACCUCAUUAACCAAAUCUGCAUGGAUUCUCCAUACAAUCCAUACCAUACAGCUACACUUUCUAAUGUUGGCCUGCCCAUCAACACAGCCUCUGUCUCAUCCUCAUUUAUGUGAUAAGCAAAAGGUACUUUAAUAAAAAUGCCAUCUUUUUAGGAGACGUUCAUUCCCAUUUCCCAUUUUUGCUAGCAAAAAGUUUACUGAAAGUAUUUUACUAAGAAAUGCCAUGGUAGAGAGAGAGGGGGAGAGAGAGUCAUAUUUCCAUAAAAUGGA